GCUGAAUUGAAGAUAGCGGCAGAAUAUGAUGUAGGUGACGUCCGUCAUUGACACCCGCUCUCCCCUUUUCGAGAGAUCUUUAAAGUUACUUUGUUCCAUGGUCAACCUCAGGUAUACCACUCAGGCGUUACUAAUCAGCAUUCCCAAGUAUACAUUAUACCAAGUGAUCACGCGACAGUCAAGAUGCCCACCUACGUGAUAACAGGUGCAAACCGAGGUCUGGGCAUUGAAUUCGUCCGUCAAUUGUCCUCGAAUAGCUCCAACACGAUCAUUGCUGCUGUUCGGACCUUACAGGGCGAUCUCGACGAUCUGCAAAAGCUCUCCUCUCAGGCCGAGGGCAAGAUUCAUGUCGUGGAGUGCAAUACUGGCGACAUCAAGUCGAUCCACAAGUUUGGUGAGGACGUCAAACAGGUUCUUGGUGGGAAGCAAAUCGACUUUCUGCUGAACAAUGCGGGAAUCAACUCCACGCCGGAUCAGACCAGCUUGGACAUUACCGCGGAAAGUCUGAGAGAGCAUAUCGAUGUCAACGUGGCGGGACCGGCUGAAACUUUGAAAACUCUACUGCCUCAGCUGGGCAAGGAAAGUGUGGUAAUGAACAUGACAUCUGGGCUGGGAAGCUGCGGGAAGAAAUUACCGAAGUGCACCACGUAUUCCAUCUCAAAAGCCGCGGUGAACAUGUUGACCGUCCACCAAAGCGAACAAUUGAAGGAUCGAGGGAUCAAAGUGAUAUGUAUGGACCCGGGCUGGGUGAAGACGAGAAUGGGUGGCGGGGGUGCAAUCCUAGAGCCACAUGUGAGCAUUGGCGGAAUGUUGAAUACUUUGCACAAGUUGCAGGACACGGAUACAGGAAAGUUCUACACAUAUACUGGAGAAGAAGUGCCCUGGUAGGAUAGUGGUAGCAAUUUUGCGAGCCCUCGAGCCUAUUUCCAGGAAAAGUGGCACUGUCUGACCGGGUGCCUUGACGGCAAGCCAGUAGGGAUACACGAUGGAGCUGAUGACCUCCCUUCUGACAAUGCAAGAAGCUCUAUCGUUGUGUGCAAAGGACUUCGAGACGACAUCA